GUGUGGCUCUGCGGCGGGGUCGGUGCACACAGGAGGAGAAUCGAUUAAUCAGACAGAACGUCACUGACUUCCUGGCUCUGACCGGCAUCAGCUCGGCCAAUCAGCUUCUGUUUCCUCAGAGGUUCAAAGAGGAAGAGGCAGAGAUUAAGAGGCUGAGAGCACAAUAUCACUUCCUGGAGAGGAUCGCUGAGGGGAUCCCUCGGACGUGUCAGCAGGUUUACACCAGAGCCAUGAAGAUUUUUGACGAUAGGAACCGCAUGGGAAGGUUCUCAAAGGAGGAAAUCCAUUCUCUGCAGAAGUUACAGAACCUCCAUGGUAACGACUGGAGAACGAUCUCUAAGAAGAUGGACCGUAGUAUCUAUGCUUUAGAGAAGCGCUUCGCCAGCAUCGCUGCAGGUCGUGGUGUGUGGAGUUCAGAUGAGGAGUCCAGGUUGAAGCAGGCUCUGAAGGCUCACCUGGAGGUCCUGGAUAGUCCUGCAGGAUCUGGUCUGAGCAGAGACCAGCUGUGUAACAACCUGCCCUGGAAGGAGAUCAGUCAGCACGUUGGGACCAGAUCCUGGGUCCAGUGUCGACUCAAGUGGUUCUGCAUCCUGAAACGAAAAAUGACUUCAGGUGUCGGUACCUUCAACAGAGGAGCUGAAGGACUCCAGACUAAAAUCCACCUCAUUCACACGUUGUACAACAUGCGUGUGGACGAUGUAGCAGACAUCGACUGGGACGAGGUCGCUGAGACUGUUGGUAAAGUGACCACUGUGUGUGUUCAGAAGAGUUUCCACAGACUGAAAGUUUCCAGAGUUCCAAACUGGGCCAGUUUAUCCUACGGAGAAAUCAUCGACUAACCCUGCAGCUGAAGGGUCUUCUCUCCUGAGGAG